AUGCAAAGAAAAGGGCUAGCCAAGAUCGGCAUGCAAAAUAGGCAUGACAAAACCGCUCUUCAAAACUGCUUUUCAAAACCGCUCUUCAAAACUGCUUUUCAAAACCGCUCUUCAAAACUGCUUUUCAAAACCGCUCUUCAAAACUGCUUUUCAAAACCGCUCUUCAAAACUGCUUUUCAAAACCGCUCUUCAAAACCGCUUGACAACGCAGAGGGCGGCGGCGCAAACAUGCAGGACGUGUGCCCACUGGAAAGGAACUCCUUUCCGCGGGAUGACAGCGUGGGGAGGACGAAGGAGGUAGUGAAGCACCUGAAAAAGUGCCCCCUAUUUUUAAAGGCCCUCUACCUGCACUACAACCCAUUUUGCUUUCCCAGUAUAAAUGACACCAGCAGCUGCUUAAUAGACAAGGGGGACGUCGAGGCAGAGUUGAGGAGAUACCAUGUGGCAUUUAACGAAACCAUCCUCCACGUUUUAAAAAAAAAAAUUACAAUCACUAGCUUCGAUCAGUUUCGGAUUCUCAAGCAUAAAAUAAUUUUCGAGCAAUUUUUAAAUCAUGGGAUGGACCAGUUGAUGUGCAAGUUGGCGGACGACGACUUUGUGAGGGCGCUGCAGGGGGAGGUGCAGGGAGAGGAAGCAGUUGAGCGGCCAACGGGGGUGCGACCAACGGGGGAAUGGCCAACGGGGGAACCGCCAGUGGAGGACCCCCUUCUAAGCACGGCCAACCAGUUCCUCGAUGGCCACAUCGCCGCAGUGAAGAAGCGGAUAUACCACUUGAGGGAAAGUCCCCACGGGCAGAACGGGAAGGACGCGUCUGCAAAUGCGCAGCUGGGGGGGGCAUCUUCCCUUUGCAGAUCAACGGAGGCAGAGGAAGGAAACAUUUGCGGUUCCCAUGGGGGGGACGCCGACGGGGUAGACGCCAAUGGGCGGGGAAGCACCCCCCGGGAGAAACACCCGCUCCCCAUUCUGACCCUCCAAAGCAUCGGGAACAUCCACAAGUAUCGACUCUGCCGGGAACUCCUACACUUCAUUGACAAAGAGGUAUUCCCCGUGAGCAGAAAAAAUGAAGAGGAACACAUCGACGAGGCAGAUACCAACACAGAUGAACAACUCAUUGAGGAGGAAAACCUCAACAGGGACGAAGUUAUGAGCAUCGUCAUCUACACAGUCAUCUACCUUUGCUGCAAAAUGAGCAUUAUCAAAAGAUUAAAAAAUAAAAAUUUUGAUCACAAAAAUUACCUGAACAGUUCAGGUGAAAAGUCGAUAUUUUUUUUUUUGGAAAAUUUAGACAAACAUGACUUGCAAAAUGUGAACAUGAUGUUUUUGCUUCUCCAUUUUAACAGCAAUUUGUUGGGCAUCUUCGAACGCAUGUUUAGUCAGCGAGGAUGGGAUCGAAGGGAGGGCACCUCCCUGAGGGAUUAUCUCUUUAUCGAGCUGGGUGCGGGGAAAGCCAACACGACGCGAUGGGUCAAAUUUAUUAUGGACGACUUGGUGGACAUUUUGGAGCGGUUCUUUUCGCCCACGCGGCAGCGGGGGGGAGGCGGCGACGCGGAAAGGGCCGCCCUGCUGGGAGGAGUUAGCGGCCAGGCGGAGGAGCGGUCACCCCACCCGAUGGAGCGAUCACCCGAACCGCUAAAACCGCUCAACCCGCGGGAGAGGUGCAAACUGCUGAUCAUCGAGAGGGAAUCCCUGAGGAACAAGAAGGAAAAAAAAAACUUCCUCAUGCAAAUGGCCCCCGAGAAGAACCAACACAUGAUGAGAGUAAAGGCGGACAUCUCGGAUUUCCACCUGCUCAAAUUUAUUUAUUUUUCAGAAAAUGGACUCCAAGGGGAGGGAGGCUCCUCUGAGUUUGUGCCGGACAUCAUUCAGUUUUACUACUACAAGGGGGUGUACCGUUGGAGGGGGGAUGAGCAGCGGGGUGAGCAGCGGGGUGAGCAGCGGGGUGAGCAGCGGGAUGAUCAGCGGGAUAACCAGCGGGAUAACCUGCGGCCUAACGAUGAAGCCGCCCCAAUAACGGAAGCGUUCCUGCGAAACAGCCUAUCGCAGCUGGGCACCUACUUUGACGUGCACGUGAGGAAGCUCCUCUCCUUUUUGACUCAGGGCAAUAACAACCUGCUGAGAGUGUACGACGACAUGAACAACUUUCUGCGGAACUUCGACUGCAAGAAGGUGACCUUCCUAACGAAGCACCUGUGCGGUAAUGGCACCGACUUAGCUCUUAGAAUGCUCGUGAACAACACCAAGAGAAGGGACAAAGAAAAUUAUUUCAUCCUCGCCCCCUGCUGUCACCAUAGGUUUGAGGAAAAGACAAAACGAUUCGCCUUCAACUCGCAGUUUAGACACAGCGACCCACACAGAUGUGACGUACACAAAAUUUUAGGCUUUAAGCUUUUAACCGAGUUGGGCAUCGAUCAGGCGCACCUGCAGCACGUCGUCAGGCACAUGUCCGGCUACGCCUCCUGUGACAACCCUGUGAAGAAGACCAUCGGGAAGAAAGUCAAGCUUCUGGUGGACCUCGCCAGGAUCCUGCACCUGCUGGAGGGGGGCCUACAACACGUGUACCUCGUCAAAUAUGUUAAGCGAAGUGUAACGCUGGAGAACCACGCGAUUGUCUUUUUCAACCACCGCCAGUUGGAUCUUCGCAUGUUCGGGCACUUCUGA